GAUUGCAUCUAAAAGGCUCUCACAGCCAGCCAUAAAUUCUUUCGAGUCAUUUAGCCCCGGCUGUCGUGAUUUAAGACUUUCUCAGAAAAAGCGGAAGUUGUUUGUGUCGCCACGUUUACUAGUACCAAGGACCUUUCGGUUUCGAGUUCUUUUAUUUAUGGCAACUUGUCCUCAAAUGAGGCGGCCCCUUCGACAUUCUAUCUUGUAAUGUUAGGAUGGAAGUUUAGAAAUCAAAGAAACAUCUGUAGUGCGGGUUGGCUUUCUACAACCCUCUGCCGUCUGUUACUAUUCGCCGCAACGGAAGUGGCGUCAGUUCAGCUCAGUACAACAAGAGUGCGUGGGUUCGCGCCGUUUCCGAGAAAUCUGACUCACUUCUAGAACUACCUCCAAUUUCCAGUACCUUCAUAGUUAUUCUGCACAGAGAUGGACACACGUCAAGGAGAUGUUUCGAACUAAGAAUGCAGGAAUGCCGUGUGGGAAAACUUGCUUACAGGAAUCUGGCAGAGUGUAGACACUGUUUGCUACUGAUGGUAAAGAAUUUCUCAAAAUCUACCCCUGUUUAGUGUUGGGUGGACAAACAUGCAUCACAGAUGUCCUAUAUGCCUUGACAGUAUGGUUAAACCCCAAACUAUCAAGUGUGGUCAUGUUUUUUGCCAAGAUUGCUUAAGUCAAGCUUUGAGGAUAUUAAAUGUUUGCCCCAUUUGUAAGGAGCCACAAGGUGUGGUGACAGGGAAUCAACCACCAGGGCAAAUGACUUGGUCUACUCUGCAUUCCAGUCUCCCAGGUUACUCUGGGUGUGGCACCAUCUGCAUACAGUAUUCGUUUCAAUCAGGAAUUCAAGGCCCAGAGCACCCAAACCCUGGUCAGCAGUACAGUGGUACGCAUCGUACUGCGUACUUGCCUGAUAAUCGCGAGGGUAAAGAAGUCUUGCAGCUGCUACACAGAGCUUUUAACGCACGAUUGGUUUUUACUGUGGGUACCUCCAUAACAACAGGACUAUCCAAUCAGAUCACGUGGAAUGAUAUACAUCAUAAGACAAGUACAACAGGGGGUGCCCACGGAUUUGGUUAUCCCGAUCCACACUAUCUCCAACGUGUUAAGGAAGACCUCGCCGCGAAAGGGAUCCGGUGAUCUUUAGCUGUAGCAAGGCCGCUUACAUGAAGAUAAAUUGUAGCCAGGACACUAUACCUGUUUCAGUUUUUUCCGGAACGAAGACCUGGCUUGUCAACUGCACAUAACAAUCCUUGGAAAUUUGCAAAAUAGUACUGUAAAAAUUUGUCCUGUUAAGAUUUCAGUUUGUGUUCUUCUACUUCCUUGCUUGGUCAUUUUACAUGGACAGCCUUUCUUGUUA